AUGUCGUCCUUACCAUCUGCAAGAACCUCAUCUACACCACCAUCUUCAGUCAUAUUAAGCACCAGAAGGACAGAAUCCCAUGAUAUUCCUAAUAUUAUCAGUCUUACGAAAUAUGAUACAGAAAGAUUGUUUGGCAGGAUUAAUGUCAUAUAUCUUUUAGAAAAAGCUAAUCUUGCAGUGACGGUGAUUAAUCACAAAAAUAUAAGUGUUGCUCAUGCUGCAUUUCUGGAUUAUCCUAACUGGGAUGUUGUUGAUGAGGCCAAUUGGGAAGCAUAUAUGAAACAAAAUUAUGUUCAGAACAAGCAUACACCUUUAAAUACACUGUUUAUGCAUCUAUUUGUAACAACUGAUGAAUAUGCAGUUCAUUGUUGUCAUGAAAUUAUGAAGACUGUUUUUAAAACUGUACCAGAACUACAUUUCAUACUCCUCUUCAUACCAUCUCAAGAGGAGUUGGGUAUAGACUUGGCAGCUGCUUUUGUCCCAGUGAUGGAUCCUCUCAGUUCAACUCUGAAUAUGGAAUAUAGCCUCCAUGUGUCACACAGGCAUCAAUAUUGUCCCCAGCUGUAUAUUCGCUGUGCCAGGGUAGAAGACCAUGAUGAUCUCACCCCAAUCUUUUCACGGCACAACGAUACUCUGAGGCAAACCUAUGGAGAAUAUUUCCUUGCUGAACUGAUAGAAGCUCAAGAUGAAAAUAAUCUUGCUGUAGUUUGUGAGGAUGAUGGCAUAGCAGUGGGCUUCAUGAGUGUAUGCUCUGAAGUGAAUACACAGCUGCUUCAUGACUGCUUUGAUUUGAGUCUUUUCCAUGGACUUUGCAAACCACACCCAGAUGAUAUUCUUAAACCACUGUGCAUUCCAGGUGAAAUUCCAGUCCCAUCGGUCCUUUCAGUUGAUGAAAAUAGUAGUCAAAGAGAAGAAAUUGUGGAUAUCCAAAAUAUAGAUAUUCAGAAAGAGGGAAUACUUGCUCAGUGUUCGUUAGAACUGUCAUUAGAAAGUGUCAGAAGUAAGGAUCUGAAAGCAACUGAAUCCACACCUACUGAUAGUUUUGACAGACAACCUUUCCGUCCCCUGUAUAAAGGAACAGUAAAUGCCUUUUGUAUUCAGCUCUUCUGUAUUGAUGAGCAACACGAAACAAGGUCACUGGAUUUCUUAAAUUUUGUUUUUGAACUUUUCCCAGACAAAGACUUCUGCAUCAUCACAGUGCCACAUAUGGUCCCUGAAUUUCAUCUGAUCCAGAGUUUUGUUAGGAUUAUUCCCUUUAGCCAUUGUACGCUGGAUCAGGAGCUUUAUGUAUUUCACCGUUCUGGAUUGCUCAAGUCUUUUCUUGUAAGAGCAGCAAAAUCUGCAGAUGUCUUUGCUAUUGAAAGACUAAUCCAAACCCUGCAAUUGAACACAAGUAUAUUGGACGACUUAAAUAAGUACUUAUCAGCACGAAGAGAUCCAGAUGGGACUCCAGUUCAGGCAUUUGUAGCAGAGGUUUUGAGUCAAAUAGUUGGAAUAUCUGUUCUUAGAAAUGAAAUGGAUAUCGAAUAUAUUCGCUCACACUACAACAUUGAAGAUUUUAUCUAUUUCAGUCAUUACCAACAGGAAGAACAUGGCCACCUUUACCAUUUUGCUGUCAAUCCAAUCUUUCAUCAUUAUGCCAAACAUUUUAUGAAGGAGAUACUUCGGUUAUCCUACAAAUCAUGUCUCUAUUAUCCUAUUUAUCCCCAGCCUGAAGAAGGGAAGUUCCAGAAUCCCUGUGCCCAUUCCCUAACAUCUGCCCUACAUUACAUGGUUCCCGUGCGACCAAGACGACAGAUUGUCUAUCCUCUGGAAAAGCUUGGCAUAAAUGCUCCGUCAAAGCAAGUCUCUAAGGAUCAGUUAAAGUAUGCAUUGUAUCAUUUCAAUCGGAAGCUGUCCUUGGAGCCUAAGGUGUCUGUCAAUUGUAGAAUAGUAGUUGUUGGAGCAUCAGAUGUUGGAAUUUCCUUCCUAGAGACACUAAUUUUUUGCCCACACCUGAAAUUCAGCAGCCUUACAUUGAUUUCGACUCAUGGACUUCCAGGAAAAGAUGAAUCAAAUAAUCUGCAUGAGAGAUUUUUAAUUAGCAGCUAUUGUUUUAAUGAAGAUGAUUAUGCACUGAUGUCACUUGGUUCAUGGAUUAAUGUUGUGGCUGAAAAAAUGAUUGCUAUAGACAGAUCUGCAAAACAUGUAAUAGUUUCCAAGGGGAAAAAAGUGCCAUAUGAUCAUCUCAUUCUCUGCACUGGCCAACAGUAUCAGGUCCCAUGUCCUACUGGUGCAGAUAUCAAAAAAUUGUUAACCAACAGAGAGGUACCAACAAACUAUCAACAAAGAUACACAGGAGUAGUGCCUUCCAAUCUUUUUAUUAUUUCUGAUGAUGAAGAUGCGUUAACAGCAUUGAACUGGCUAAAAGAAAACGUGAUUCAUUCCUCAGGGAAUAUUAUUGUCUAUGGGAAUACAAUUGAUGUUUACACCACUAUAGAAUCCCUCUUAUCAUUAGGAAUUGAUGGCUAUCGUAUCUACCUUGUGCACCCUCCCUUGUACUCCAAUAUUACUUCUCUCAAUAACAACAUAAUAGAAAAGGCUAUCAAGAAAGCACUGUCCAGGGCUGGUAUAACUGAACACCAUGAUAGUCUGUUGGCUCAAUGGAAUGAUGGAAAUCACCCAGAUCCAAUCACAUCUGCAUCUUUCACUACUAAUACAAAGCCAUUUAAGUUGCAAUGUUCUGCAUUCUUUAACUUUACCAAAAGAAGAGUGGAUUAUGAGACGUUCAAAGCAGUUAAUGAUGCAUGUCUGGUUUAUGAUGGGAGACUUGUGAUUGAUACCAACUUCCAUACCAAUGAUGUGACCAUCAGAGCUGGAGGUCCUUUAACCAAAUUUUCCAAUAUAUACUAUGCUAAUGAAUGGACACACAGCAAUUUCAGCUCCAAGGAGAUUGGUUUUCAGCUUGCUGCAACCAUGCUGAAUCUCUUCGAUCCAACUCUAGAGCCAAUUUUUGAACCUCCAGAAGAUAUGGAUAGACUAAUUCCUAUGUACAAGGGAUGCAAAAUUCAAGGUGGUAUUCUACCUGGAAAAUACAAUUAUGUGCAUAUUUUUAAACCUGGGAUUCCUGCCCGCUUGGAUGUACAAGAAUCACAACCUACUUAUGGAAUUGCAAUUACAACAGGAGAUGCAGUAAAGGGAAAUUACUUCAGAAUACAUGUCAACCAGUACAGCAUAAUAGAAACCAUUACUUGCUUUUCAAAGAAACCUAUUCCUGUUUCCAACUACAUAUGUUUAUUUGGACAGCAUGAACGUCUUCUUAAUAAUCUUUGUUCUCGCUGGAGGGAGGGACUGAUCUCAAAUCUCUAUAGCUACUUUAAGGAACCUUGGGCCUUGGCCAUCUAUCAUGAUCGUUUUACUGAUCUGAAGAAGGAGCUACGUCAGAUCUUAGUAUCUGUCCAGGAAGAAGAUGUUCCUUCAAUGCAAGAACUUGUGCGUCAAGUAGUAGAAGGUGAACUUCCAUUACUCGAAAGACCAAAGACGUAUCUCAAACGAUCCUUUAAGCAAAGUAUAUAUAAGAACCUGGUAGAGAAAAGCAUUCUCAAUUAUCUUAAUUAUAACAAUUAUCAUCUACCAAUGUUUGCUUGGCCAGGAAUAGUUUAGGUAUGGAUAACUAAAUAUGGCCAUUCUUACAACAAAUAUACAAUUCAGCACAAAGUUUGGGAGUGAAGUGUAAAUGAUUAAGUUCUAACUUUUUAUGAUUAUCCAAAGAAGAAGGCAGAAUUUGCCAUUUAAGUAUCUAUGCUAAUUAUACAUGUUAAAUAAUUAAAAAGAAAAAUAAAACCACUAAACUAUACUGUUAAGCAACGGUAAAUAACAACACAUGCAGAUAUAUGAAAACAAUAGAAUAAAUUCCAGUUUAUCUCAUCUGAGGCCAACAGUAUCAAUAAUAAGA